AUGUCCGAACAUGAGUUUCGCCCAACCGACGCGCAGGGAUGGAAUCGCAUCAGGCCUGUACCGGCUUAUCACCCAGCUGCAGUGAAGAAGGAGAACGCUCCCGUCACCCUCGCUCGUUUCGCUUUCCGCAUUCUGAUUGAAACGCACAAGUAUAUCCGGGCCAAUGUCUAUGCGAUCGUUCCUGGAAUUCGUUCGGAUCCCAUCCAACGAGAGAAGCGUCGUGAACGUAUGGAUCAAUGA